UUUGUGACAACAUUGGUGUUAGUAAAGAGGCACGCAUUUUCGAGUUAUUUGCUGGAGUGUGUGAAUUGAGUGCCAGUAAGCUGCUGAAUUAGUGGAGAGUGAGGUUAACUAGUUCCAAAAACGGUACAGCGAGAAAAUAAAGUUGAAGCGGCAAAAUGUCGGUGAUUGGUAUUGAUUUUGGCAACGAAUCCUGCUAUGUAGCGGUUGCGAAAGCAGGUGGCAUUGAAACUAUUGCUAAUGAUUACAGCUUACGCGCUACACCAUCAUUCGUAGCGUUUGCUGGGCGUAACCGUGUGCUUGGAGUUGCUGCCAAAAAUCAACAAGUCACAAAUAUGAACAACACGAUUGGCAACUUCAAGCGUUUUCUUGGGCGCAAAUUCGAGGAUCCGCAUGUCCAGGAAGAAUUACACAUGAUACCUUAUCACGUAGAGGCUUUGCCAGAUGGAGGCAUAGGUGUACGGGUGAAUUAUUUAGAUGAAGAACAUGUCUUCACGCCGGAGCAGAUCACGGCCAUGUUAUUCACUAAGCUAAAAGAGGAUGCAUUCAAAGAACUAAAGGCACAAAUCAAUGAUUGCGUUAUCUCUGUGCCUUCAUACUUUACAAAUGCUGAACGUCAAGCGCUCUUGGAUGCAGCCAAUAUAUCGGGUUUGAAUGUUUUACGUCUCAUCAAUGAGACUACGGCCACGGCACUCAGCUACGGAUUCUACAAGCAAGAUUUACCAGCUCCGGAAGAAAAGCCUCGUAACGUCAUAUUCGUCGAUUGUGGUCAUGCAUCAUUGCAGGUGUCAGCGUGUGCGUUUCACAAAGGGAAACUAAAAAUGUUGGCCAGUUGUUCUGAUUCCGUCGGAGGUCGCGAUUUUGAUUUAGUUCUAGCUACUCAUUUCAGUAAGGAGUUUCAGAUCAAGUAUAAGAUUGAUGCGUCUUCCAAAAAGAGAUCAUUUUUACGCUUGAUGACGGAGGUAGAGAAGCUCAAGAAAAACAUGUCAGCUAAUAGCACCAAAUUGCCGCUGAACAUCGAAUGUUUCAUGAAUGAAAUUGAUGUCCAUUCGUCUAUGCAACGCUCGGAGUUCGAAGAGCUUUCUAGCUCGUUGUUCAAGCGUAUUGAGACUACGAUGCGCAAACUUCUCACGGAUUCAAAACUUACACUGGAUGAAAUACACUCUGUGGAAAUAGUUGGUGGAAGUAGUCGCAUUCCAUCCAUCAAGCAAUUAAUUGAGCAGAUCUUUGGGAAGUCUGCCAGCACAACACUUAACCAGGACGAAGCUGUCUCUCGUGGAGCAGCACUUCAAUGUGCGAUCUUGUCGCCAGCUGUGCGCGUUCGCGAAUUCAGUUGUGCGGAUGUGCAAGCCUACCCAGUGUUAAUUUCUUGGACAGACUCAGAUGGGCCACAUGAAAUGAAAGCAUUCGAGCAGUAUCACGCUGCACCGUUUUCUCGAUUGCUGAAUGUACACCGCAAGGAUUCGAUGACUGUCAAUGUACAUUACGAAGCGGGCAGCGUGCCAUAUCCGGAUCCAUUUAUCGGUACGUUUCAAGUGAAUGGUAUACGGCCGGAUGCAAAUGGAGAGGCACAGGAGGUAAAAGUGAAGCUUCGCAUCGACCACAAUGGCAUUAUAUUGAUUCCAAAUGCGACUAUGUAUGAGCGUAGUGAAAGUGAAGAACCAAGAUCUCCGUCACCAACUACGAAUGGCGAUCAAAAGAGUGGCGAUGCUGCCCAAAAUCAGGCAUCACCCCAAGUUGAAGAAUGUGGAAAAGCUGAAGAACCUAUGGAUACACAAGAAGAUAGCGAUGAUGAGCAUCCUAAAAAGAACGCAAAACCCAACGAAAGUGGUGGAGAGGGUUGGACGCAACGUGUCACCAGAUGGUUCACAUCGGAUAAAAAGAAAAAAGUUACAACGAAGCAAGUGAAACUAACAAUUGACCCUAAAACUCACGGCUUCGAGAAAGCUGAUUUGUUAAAAUUCUUCGAAGAAGAAAUGAAAAUGAUUGCCAAUGAUCGCCAAGAAAAAGAGCGAAUUGAUGCUAGAAACGCUCUUGAAGAACAGGUAUAUGAGGUACGUGAAAAGAUUCAGGAAGGCGGGACACUUCACGCAUAUAUCGAACCGCAAGAUGCCUCUGCUAUUUGUCGGGAGCUGGAGGAAAUAGAAAAUUGGCUCUAUGAAGAAGGCGAAACUUGUGAAAAAAGUGUAUAUAAGGAGCGUUUAGAAAAAAUGCGCGCUAAUAUUGCACCGGUACAUAGCCGUUGGGAAGAGUACAGCAACCACGAGCAGGCAUUUACUGAGCUGGGCCACGCGAUUCAGCAGACUUUAAAAGCAGUAGAACAGUAUCGAGCUAAAGAGCCCAAGUUUGAUCAUCUUACUGAAACCGAAAUAAUAAACAUUACAGAAGCAGCCCAAAAAGCACAGAAUUGGUACGAAGGUGCUAGAUCAAAGUUAGUUGGUAUUAACAAAACUCAAGAUCCUCCCGUGAAACUGGCUGACAUCCGUCACGAAACACAAACGCUUACAACAUGCACAAACUCUGUCUUAAACCGACCGAAACCGAAGCCACCAACGCCGCCAGUUGAUCCAAAUCAACAGCAUGGGCAGUCUUCUUCAGGCUCUGCUGAACAAGAAGUACAACAAAACUCAUCAAAUGCCCAGCAAGAAAACAAUUCCCCUAAACCAACGACAGAAGAUUCAAUGGAUGUAGAAUAAUAUGCACACUUAAACACUCAUCUUAACAAAAGCUCGUAGCACGUCCAAAAUGCUUGCUUCAUUUAAUCUUUAUUUCAGCUCAUAAAGUUGUCACUUUCGUGCAUUCUCCUUUACAUCAAUAGUGUUAGUAGUACAGAUGCUACAUUUGCAGUGGUUAAACUAAUUGCAGUGGAUAACUUAUGUUUAAUGAAAUUACACUCAUAUAGAGUGAAUAUCUUAUUCAUCUUUAAAUAACUAAAAAACGAUCACUAACUCAAAAAUAUGUUGAAAUUUGGUGUUUUUUUAUUAUUUUGAAUAUGAAAAAACAGUAAUUUCAAUAAACAUAAAACAUGAACAUCAUGGUCUUGCAAUUAUAUUGUAAAUCGAUGGAUUUUGUUAUGAAAUGCAUAUUGAAUUAUUAAGCCCAACUUAGUAAUCAUUGAAAAAGUGUGUUUUGAGGUGUAAAUUGUAUUGUCUUUCUUACCGUCGAUUUAAGACAUCCCACACUAGCGAACAUCAGCGUACAAAACGAACAACGUUCAAAAUGUGUUGCAUUAAACUGCUAUGGUUCUACUUCUUGUAAUAUUUAACGGCCAUUGUAACAGUUUUACGUUUCAAAACAUUAAACGGCAAAAACUUCCUUCAUAGUUUCAACUCAAUUAAUCCAAUUGGUUUAUAUUGUAUUAAAUGUGUUAAUAAAACAGAUGCACGGAUAUAUGCAGCAAAAUAUCUGUAUGAAUAUCAUUGAUACACUUACAUUGCGGAAAAACGAUCUUCAUUUGGCCGUCAUAUUCUGCGAUAUUAAAUAUACAAAAUGGAGUAUAGCAUUCAACUAUGAGGCGUCAUAGAUUGACACACGAUGAGACACAAACAUUUGAGCAUUAUUUAAUGAUUUUGUCAUUCUUAAACAUCGUAAACGCUAGUAAAAAACGAACAAUAUAAUGUGGUUAGUUAAAUGAAGUGGGAGGGGGGGGGAGAUCUCGAUAGCUGAGGCGUUAGCGUGCGACUCAAGCAAACGAUUGUAUUUGGUUCAAAACUCGACUGACCCUCCCACGUACGCAGUACUCAUCAUCCAGCUACGAGAAAAGUCAGCUACAAGUCAUUGAAAGCCUUAACAAGGCAGUCCUUGACCGUUCACCGGUUAUCGAACCAUUUAAGAAUAAGAAGUUAAAUGAAGCAAAUAAUAAAAUGAG